UAUACAGGACCGUAGAUCUCAGGAACGGGGUUGGGCGGCCACGGUGAAUUUAUUAAACUACGAGAUCGAAGAGGUAACACACGGUGUUGGUGUGGAAGAACUUGCAGUGGGCUGGGGUUGGAGCUGCACUUUGGGUCCUAACACCGUACAGGCGACUGGGAGUAGGUGAUUCUCAGGAACAUCAGGCAAAAUGCUACAAAAAUAUCAACACUGCCUGGUUUCUUUAAUUAUGGCUGGGGGAGUGGUUUUUUGCUGGCUUGGCUACAUGUACUCUACCUCCUUGUCUCCAAAUGAGGGUCCCAGUAAAUAUGACGAGGAGUUAACAUGGCAUCCGGUUGUGCUGAGUGACAGAUCACAGAGGAAGCAAGCCAUGCUUAUGGAACCAGUGAGGACUGACGUGCUGACUGUAACCCCAUGGCUGGCUCCUAUUGUCUGGGAGGGGACCUUUGAUCCCCAGGUCAUAGAUGAGGCCUUCAGGUCCUACAACCUCACCAUUGCCACCACAGUGUUCGCUGUGGGAAAAUACACUCGUUUUCUCCAUGCCUUACUGGAGUCAGCUGAGAAGCACUUCAUGGUGGGGCUGAAUGUGCAGUACUAUGUGUUUACUGAUCUGCCAAGUCACGUUCCUAUCAACAUGACUCUGGGUGUCGGCAGACGGCUCAAAGUCGUGAAGGUGCCAAAGUUUGACCGCUGGCAGGAGAUAUCCCUCCGCCGCAUGGAACUCAUCCAGAACUCCAUCCUACCAUUUCAUGUGUGCAUAAGCACUGGGACAAUUGAACUUCAAGAAAAUGUAAGAGGUAGAAAGACUGCUAUAGAGGAAUACAUCCACCAGAGGGCGAACUACAUCUUCUGUCUUGACGUAGACAUGAUCUUCCAUGGCCGUGUGGGACCAGAGGCUCUGGGGAAACUGGUGGCUGCUAUACACCCCUGGUUCUACUGGGUACCCCGGAGCCAGUACCCCUAUGAGCGGAGGACAAUCUCCAAAGCCUACAUCCCCCAAGACCAUGGAGACUUCUACUACCAGGCCAACAUAUUUGGAGGAGCAGUGGAGGAUGUUCACAGACUGACCAAGACAUGUAGGGAACACCUGGAGAUGGAUAAGUCUGCUGGAGUGGAGGCUGUUUGGCAGGAGGAGAGUCAUUUGAACUGGUACCUGUGGAAGAACAAGCCCACCAAGCUGCUGUCACCUGAGUACGUCUGGGAUGACCUUAGAGGACAGGGCGCCAAGGAGAUUAAACUGGUCCGCUUCUCCUCCGUCAUCAAGAACAAGGCAGAGGUCAGGGAGAACCCUUGAGGGGAGAAGAGGAUGAGAAGAGAAGGAAAAGAGUGUACUUGCUUUUAUCAGAGCUGUGUGUAUGUAGUGGAGGAAAAGACAAACCCCUAAUCAGAUAGUGCCUUCACCAUAGCGAUAUGGGGAAAACAAGUUGAAUUUGAUCAACAAAAAGGUUUGUCUUUACAAUAAAUUGACAUGUACUGUAAAAAUAGUAUUAGUAUAAUAUCCUGACGUUUCAGCCUCUUAAUAUAAUACCUGGCAUGCUGUCAUCUUUCAAUACAGUUCUGUAAUGUGUUGCUAUCUCUAUGUUUUGGUUACAUCCGAAAUAGACCUCUAGAACUCUUGAUACAAAUGAGCGCCCUUUAGGGACAAAUGUGACACACAAACCUUAAAGUGAAGAAGUGCACUUCCUUCUCAAUUGUCGAGUCAAGGAGCAGCUAGAUAAACAGGGCCGUCAUCUCUUCAAAAGCUGCCUGAUAGACUGGGCUCUGCCGUAAAGUGACUUUGGUACUGGUGAAAUAUACAGACAACACUGACCAUGGUCUGGCAAUGACGCGGCUAAACGUGAAGCAACGUCUUUAUGAUCUAUCGAACUAGUUGUCUUUUUCACCUUAAGUUUGGCGCAGUUUGUAUGGAAACAGUAGAAAGUUGCAGUCUAUGACACAUUAGUUUCAGUUUUUCAGACCUGGUAAUUCCUUCUCAGCCAAUUCUGGGUAAGUGUGUCCCAAAUUUUGAAUUUGGGACAGUCAGGCUGCCCACGUUGACCCAACCAUUGCCAAAAGCGUGUAAGCAUCAGAACUGGACCACGGAGCAAUGGAAGGAGGUGGCCUGGUCUGAUUAAUCACAUUUCCUUUUACAU